CUGACAGCAGCUGUCACUGCUGUAAAUGUCCAUUUUAAAAUGCCCGGUUUUGUUAUGAUUUUGUUUACAUCUAUGAACUUUCGCGUACAGCUACCUAUAAUAGCUUUCGAUAUUAUUUUGAUGGUGUAAAUAGAUAUUUUUAGCUGUUUAUUGUAGAUUACUUUACAUUUUGUUUUAGCUUCUGAACAGAAAACACUUUACGAAAUAUUUUUAAACGCUGUUUCAAAUGUUGGUUACAAUUUGAUGAAGCAACAAUUAACAAAAUGUUUACUACGUUUAUUUUUAUGCUAGUGUAUUCUCUGAAUUUUACAUGUGUUUAUUCCCAUGAGAAAACUGGUUUCAUUGUGUACUGUCCUUGCAUGGGAAGAUUUGGUAAUCAGGCAGAUCACUUUUUAGGAGCAUUAGCAUUCAGUAAGGCUAUUAACAGAACUUUGGUUCUGCCUCCAUGGGUGGAAUACAGAUUUGGUGAACCAAGAUCCAUUCAAGUACCAUUUGAUACUUACUUCAAAGUAGCAAACCUAGAAAAAUAUCACAAUGUGAUGACAAUGGAGUACUUCAUGAAAGAUUUGGCUCCUAAUAUUUGGCCAAAGUUUAAAAGGAUCUCUUUUUGUUACACGCAAAGAAUGGGUGAAGUAGAAAACAGUUGUAAUGCCAAGUCUGGUAACCCAUUUGGGCCUUUCUGGGAUAAUUUUAAUAUUGAGUUUGUGGACUCUGAAUUUUACGGACCUUUAAAUUAUGAUGCCCAUAACAAAAUAAUGAUAGACAAAUGGAAAGAUAAAUAUCCUUCUACAACAUGGCCAGUUUUGGCUUUUACUGGUGCACCUGCGAGUUUUCCAGUACAAAAAGAAAAUGUUCAUUUACAAAAAUAUCUUACAUGGAGUGAUGAUAUAGCUAGCAAAGCUAGAACAUUUAUAAAGAAGAAUAUGAGUGGUGGUGCCUUUUUGGGCAUACAUUUAAGGAAUGGACAGGAUUGGGUGAAAGCAUGUCAGCAUGUCCAAGAUAGUACUAUGCUGUUUGCUGCACCACAAUGUGUUGGUUAUAAAAAUGAAAGAGGUCCACUUACGUUGUCUAUGUGCCUACCCCAGCCGUCUGAAAUUAUCAAGCAAGUAAAGAGGGCACUCAAGAAACUGGAAAAUGUAAAGUUCAUCUUUGUGGCAUCGGAUUCCAAUCAUAUGAUAAAUGAUUUGAACAAAGCAAUACAUCAUUCUGAAGUUGCAGCUAUUAAACUACAGCCAUCAAAUCCACAUCUAGACUUAGCAAUUCUUGGCCAGGCGAAUUACUUUAUAGGCAAUUGUGUAUCAUCCUACUCAGCUUUUGUAAAGAGGGAAAGAGAUGCAAGAGGUUUACCAUCCGAAUUUUGGGCAUUUCCACACAGAAAGAAAAGUAAACAUGAAGAAUUGUGACAUGAAACUGCAUUAUUUGCAAUAGGGAUGACGACAGGGUAUGCAAAUUAAAAAUGUAAUUAGUUCGUCAGUUAGGUAAUGAAAAAAUAUUAGACACGUAUUUUUUUUAUUUGGUUUAAUGGGUAAUAAAUUGAUACUACUACUAGGUUCUCCGCGACUCCGAAUCGGCAUCGGCCCUUUUGGGCCCCAUCUGUGGUGGUCUGAUGGCUCUUUGAGGC